AUGGUUUUGGAAAUGCUGAACCCAAUGCAUUUUAACAUCACCAGCAUGAUGCCUGAAGUCAUGCCUGUGGCCACCAUGCUGAUGCUGUUGCUCACUGGCUUUCUUCUUUUAGUUUGGAAUUAUGAAGACACAUCCUUAAUACCAGGUCCUGGCUAUUGUAUGGGGAUCGGGCCCCUCAUCUCCCACUGCAGGUUUCUGUGGAUGGGCAUCGGCAGUGCCUGCAACUACUACAACAAGAUGUAUGGAGAGUUCAUGAGAGUCUGGAUAUGUGGAGAGGAAACACUCAUUAUUAGCAAGUCCUCAAGUAUGUUCCACAUAAUGAAGCACAGUCACUACAGCUCCCGAUUCGGCAGCAAACUUGGAUUGCAGUGCAUCGGAAUGCAUGAAAAUGGCAUCAUAUUUAACAAUAAUCCAACCCUCUGGAAAGCCAUUCGUCCUUUCUUUACAAAAGCUUUGUCCGGCCCGGGCCUUGUGCGCAUGGUGACCGUUUGUGUUGGAUCCAUCCUCACGCAUCUGGACAGGCUGGAGGAGGUCAGCAACGAAUUGGGGUACAUCGAUGUGUUGACCCUCAUGCGGCGUAUCAUGCUGGACACCUCCAACAUUCUCUUCCUGGGGAUCCCCUUGGACGAAAGUGCCAUCGUGGUUAAAAUCCAGGGUUAUUUUGAUGCAUGGCAAGCUCUCCUUCUCAAACCAGACAUCUUCUUUAAGAUUUCUUGGCUAUACAAAAAGUAUGAAAAGUCUGUCAAGGAUUUGAAAGAUGCCAUGGAAAUUCUGAUAGAAGAAAAAAGACAUAGAAUUUCCACAGCGGAGAAACUGGAAGACUAUAUGGAUUUUGCCACUGAGUUGAUUUUUGCUGAGAAACGUGGUGACCUGACAAGAGAGAAUGUGAACCAGUGCAUACUGGAAAUGUUGGUCGCAGCACCAGACACCAUGUCUGUCUCUGUGUUUUUCAUGCUAUUUCUCAUUGCAAAGCACCCUAAGGUUGAAGAGGCAAUAGUGAAGGAAAUCCAGACUGUUAUUGGUGAAAGAGAUGUAAGGAUUGAUGAUAUGCAAAAAUUAAAAGUGGUGGAGAACUUUAUCUACGAGAGCAUGCGGUACCAGCCUGUUGUGAACUUAGUCAUGCGCAAAGCCUUACAGGAUGAUGUCAUCGAUGGCUACCCAGUGAAAAAGGGGACUAACAUUAUCCUGAAUAUUGGAAGAAUGCAUAGACUCGAGUUUUUCCCCAAGCCCAAUGAAUUUACUCUUGAAAACUUUGCAAAGAAUGUUCCUUACAGGUAUUUUCAGCCUUUUGGUUUUGGGCCCCGUAGCUGUGCAGGAAAAUACAUCGCCAUGGUGAUGAUGAAAGUCGUCCUGGUUACACUUCUGAGACGAUUCCACGUGCAGACAUUGCAAGGAGAGUGUGUUGAAAGUUUACGGAAAACAUAUGGCUUGUCCUUACACCCAGAUGAAACUAGCAACUUGCUGGAUAUGGUUUUUAUCCCAAGAAAUUCAGAAAAGUGCCUCAAACACUAA